UUUGAAACGUGCUUCAAGGCGCCUUUUUUCACGUCAGUUCGAGUUCUGAUGGAAGACAUUUUAUUUUUUCUCAUCUUUUUCAGCAAAGCAGCAAAAAAACAAUCAGAAGCCCAUCUCAGCUCUUAUCAUACACCAGCUUUCGAUAUUUUGAUGAACAUAAUGACUAGAGAGGAACGUAAGACCAUCAAGCUACUUCACACGUUGAGGGGCCACAAGGAGAAGGUGUGGUCAGUGUCGGUUCAUAAGGAAUUGCCCUUACUAGCAUCUGUUUCGUCAGAUAAAACAAUUCGCAUUUAUAAUCUUGUGAACUAUUCAUUGGUUACUUCAUUGGAUUUGACACACAAGAGGUCUAUAAGAUCGGUGGCAUGGAAGCCCACUGGGGUUUUCCCUUCAUUGGCAGCGGGCUCUUUUGACUCCACAAUAUCGAUUUGGGGUAAAGAUUCAUUAUCGGAUGAUCCAAAUGAAACAUUGGAAGACAAUUACGAUUAUUUUUUAAUGCCAGACAACCAAGGCGGAUCAAAUGAUUGGGAAUUAAUGGCAAUCAUUGAGGGUCAUGAAAACGAAAUUAAGGGUGUUAGUUGGUCGUCGAAUGGGUAUUAUUUGGCAUCGUGUUCUAGAGAUAAGAGCAUCUGGAUUUGGGAAUGUGAUGAUAACAAUGAAGAAUUUGAGUGUAUAUCGGUAUUACAAGAACAUACCCAAGAUGUUAAACAUGUUGUUUGGCAUCCCUCUGAAGAAUUGUUAGCUUCGAGCUCGUAUGACGAUACUGUGAGAUUAUGGAAGUCAGACUUUGAUGAUGGAGAUGAUUGGAGAUGUGUUUGUGAAUUAACUGGGCACAAGGGGACAGUUUGGUGCUCUGAUUUUGAGAAAAAGAGCUUAUUAAAAAAAAGAGACAAUAAUAAUGAUGAGGAUGAUGAUGAAGACAAUGAAGAUGAUGAAGAUGACAAAGAUAAUAACAAUGAAUUUACAGAAAUAAGGUUGGCAAGUUGCAGUGAUGAUUUAACGAUAAAAAUUUGGAAAAGAAUUGAAAAAAUAGAAGAUAA